AUGUCUCCUUCUCUUCCCGAACACAUAAUCCUCGAAGAGAUAUUGACUCGACUACCCGCUGCAUCACUUGCACGAUUUAAAUUCGUCUCUAAAUCAUGGAUGGCUCUUUUUUCUCACCCCAAUUUCGUCAAAUCUCAUAUUAAUCGCAAGGAAGAUUAUCUCAUUCGAACAUGUCCCGGUGGUAUAGGGAUCCUCUCGCGCACUACUUUAACCGAAUCGCACAUCGAAGAUGUCCCCGCAUCUUUCGAUGGCUUGGUUGGAUCCGUCACUGGCUUAGUCUGCGGCGUCUCUGAGUCGCGCAAUUGCUUCAUAUUAUGGAACCCGAUUUUGCAUGUCUACAAGCAAAUUCCACUCCCGAAACAUAGCAAGUAUAGCUUGUUUGGCUUUUGUUGGGACUCCGCGACAGAAGAUUUUAAAUUAGUAGCCAAGAAAUUUGAUUCUUCGUCGGCUGUUGUCUAUUCGACUAAAACAAAUCGUUGGAUCAACAUCAGAGCCUUCCGAAUUCCUUAUGCAGGAGAUGAGUUUCCCGCGGUCAUUGUGAAGGGCAAUCCUUAUUGGACGGGGUAUUUCAGGAGCCCCGGAAUACUCAAAUUCGAGGCCAGAACUAACAGGUUUACGUGCCUUGGACUUACAUGCGUUGCUGGUAAGCGUUACAGUCUCUGCAGUGUGAAUGAUUGCCUCGCCCGAAUAGAGUAUUCACUCACCCGGGGAAAUUGCCUGGAGCUGUACCAAUUCAACGACGGACGUGGUGUUUGGAGUAAGAUGUACACGAUAAAUAUCAAAACUACGUAUAUUUUUACGAUCCCCAAGUGUUUUAACUAUAGCGGCGAGAUUGUAUUCAGUGGAUGUCACGAAUGGUGUGAUACCAAGUUAAAUGAGGUUGAGAGUCUUGAAUAUGAGUUCGGGUAUGAGUUGGGACCUUCUCGGCUGCAUCGCUAUAGUUACACACCUAGCCUGAUCAUCCUGGACGGGAUGAAAACAUCAACUAGGCAUUUGAGAGAUAAGCAUCGGAAACUCAGAUCUGUAUGGUGCAUGCGGCUACCGAGGAAAUACAGACGAUCGAGGCAUUUUUCUGUAUAUGACAUCUCGUUACCUACAUACUGUGGUGGUAAUGUUGAAUAG